UAUGUUUCUUCACUUAGGAAAGAAAAAAUCAAAGUUCAAAUCUUUCAAAAAGUUUUUUGUUAAAAAGAAAAGGAAAGAAACUUCUUCAGGGAGCAGCAAUCUGAAGCUAUUCCAGUCAACAAGUGAUGUGGCGGCCUCACAUGACAUGCAUGCUAGUUUUGAUUCUGAAGAUGAACACGAGGCCCACAAGGGCAUUAUGGGAAGCAGAGCUUUGUCUCAUGACAGCAUUUUCAUCCCUGAAAUUGGACAAGAGUCUACAAGGCCAGUAAGAGUAUUUUCUCAAGAAAAUGUUUCUGAUCGAAUUAGAGCUCUACAGAUGAAACUCCAGCCUACCAUGAAACUGGGACCUCCACCUCCAUUUGGGUAUCAUGCAAAGAGGACCGAUGAUGCUGGGACCAGUUCUGAGGAUGAUGGAUUACCAAGAAGCCCUCCAGAAAUGUCUUUGUUCCAGGAAAUGCUAAGUUCAGGCACGACAAUGAGAUUCUCUGACUCUCACAAGCACCUUAGCUCUUUGAGUUUAGCUGGAACAGGCAGUGAAGAAGAAGAACAGGUUACAUUGGGUCCUCAUUCCAGAUCUCACUCUACAGAUGGGCAGCUGUACCCUCGGCAUGGAAGUGCUAAAAUGAAAUCUCCCCAUGACUCUGACAGUAGCAUUUCACCUGCUGCCAAUUUUGAAACUCCACCUGAGCUUUCCUCAUGCUUGGAUAACUCUGCUGCUAAACAUAAGCUUUUAAUAAAGCCCCGGAACCAGAGGUCCAGUAAAAUGAGAAGAUUUUCUCAGAGGACCCAGUCUGAAUCUCUGACUGAUUUGAGCUGUACACCAGAAGAAGAAGAGGAUGAUGAAAAGGAGAUGCGUGCAGACUUGCCAGAUGCUGUAUUCAAAACCAGUGAUCAAGAAGUGCCUAGCAGCACAUCUGCAGCACAGGACGUGGCUUCCUGGCAGAAGCCCAGAAUGCCUGAGGACCUUCCCCCUGCUUUGACACUGGCAGUGACUCAACCCAUUUCUGAGUCUGCUGUCGCACAGGAAGCUUUGCUUCCAGAGAAUGAACCAAAGGGCUUCCAACCAAUGCUGGAUACGUGUGUGAAGUCUGAGAGCUUGCUGCUGACAGAAGGCUCCACAACUUCUCUGAACUCUGCUCCAGAUGGAGAAGUACAAAAGCCAAAAGAUUCCUCAGCAGCAUUGGUUCUGUCUGGGGAUGUAAGUAGCAGUGUGUCAACAAGUACUUUAAAUAAAGGAAACAAGGAGCUUCCUUCUGUGUUUUCAGCACAUGAAAUACCAUCUGAAGAAGAUAUUUCAACUAGUAAGAAUAGUAAUAUUUGCUUGGAAGGGUUAGAAGAGAACAUACAGAGUGAUGAUCAGGUACCCGUGGAAAUGUCCUGUAACGAAGAGUCAAAGAAGGUGGUUGCUGUGUCAUCAGAGUCUAGCAAGCAGUUUUUCAUAGGUUCUUUCCAGCCCACGGAUUCAUUCCAUGUUUCACAUCCCUCUUCUUCAUCCCAGGUGGGAUCAUAUGCUUCCCAGACUUUAGAGAAAGCAAAGACUGUACAAGAAGCAGCUGCUUCUGAUAAAGAGAACAGUCAGUCACUGGUCCACAAAGAAGAGAUUUUGGGGAAGAAAAAUGAAAAAACUGUCAAUGAACUCAGUGCCUUGAGAAAGUUCUCUGUCUCCUCUGCACGGGAAAGGCCUAAAACCAGAAGCCUACACUUUCCAGAAGGUUCAUUGUGUGAAAAUCCAUUAAAUACCAGGUUCUUCCUGUCCAAUGUGAACGUCUCUUUGAAAAAUGAGAAGUUGAGCGAAGACUUGCAGAAGAGAUCAGAUCUGGAAGAUAGAAAAAGUAGCGACAGAAACCAAGCUUUGCUGCCAGAAUCUGACUCUGAGAACAUGGGCCAGUCUACAGAAAUUUUGGCUGACUGUGAUUCUCCAGCUGUCGAUGCAGUUCCGGUGCAAAGUGAUUCUUCUGCAGUAUCUCAGAAUCAGCAAAUCUGUGAAGAUAAAAAUCCUUUUCAAGUAAAACUUAAAUCCACCUCACUGUCCUUGAAAUAUAGAGACCACUUGUCAUCCGAAUCAAAAGGAAUUAUAAGAUACAGCGCAGAAUUUAAUUUAGAAAAUCAGGGAUUGACUUUAUUUCUCAAAGGAGAUAAGGCAGAGAUCAAAAAAACAGCCGAUACAAAUAUUGAUGGUUCUUUAAAUGAAAAGAUCAAAUCCAAAGCAAAGUUCUCUGAACAGCUUAGUAGCAAACCUCCAUUGCCUAAAAAGCCAGUCUUUCAAAACAUAACUGUUCCAAAUACUAAUGCAAGCAGGGAGAAGCAGGACAAAACUAUUCAUGCUCCAGAAUCCAGAAAUGAAGAGAGAGACAUGGAGAAAAGGCCAAAUCCUAGUAAAGUGCCUGAGAGGAGUGUGUCUUUGGUGAUUGCUGGAGACUCCAGAAGGGAGCCUGACAGUCCCACGGAGCCAGCCUGGAUCACCAUCGCAAGGCAGAAGCAGUGGGGAACGCAGCAGGAGCAGGAGCUUGAUGGAGAGAAACCUGUCACUCUGGAUACAAAAUCAGAUACAGAGAAACAGAAUAAAGAGAAGGAAAGAACAGAGGGGUCAGUGAAACAGCAAUGGAGCAAACCUUCUCAAUUGGCACCUAAAACCACUUCUGAAGAACAGAAGAAGGAGUCAAAGUCUGAAGCAAAAGAGCCUCUGACAAGAACCAAUUCACUGACACAUUUCGUCUCUGUAGCUCAGUCAUUGGCACCGGGAGACAAAGAUGAAAUCAGCCACUUGAAGAAAGCCAGUACUGCUGCUCCAGACCAGCCGUCAUGGAUGGAACUUGCCAAAAAGAAAUCUCAAGCUUGGAGUGAUAUGCCCCAGAUUAUAAAAUAGAAUUAUGCAAAUGAAUAACAUCAUUUAUAAAUAAGUCAACUACUUAAUUGAACUUCUACAGACCAACCAGUCACAGUGAAGAAUCUGUGAUACAGAAGGCUCUUACUAUACAGCUGUGGAGAAAGCGUGCAAUAGGUGCAGUCAAAAAGUUUACCUAAGCAAUUGUAGCAAUCAGGAUUGCAAUGGAUUACUUAAAUUAUGCUGAGAACAUACUUACACUUUGGAAAACAAAAUUUCUGCUUUAUCUAUUUCCUGUGUUUUCUUCCUUUAAGGAUCUUUGCUAAACUUUGCUGAGUUUCAGUUGUUACUGUUCUGUUUGAUAUGUUUUUUCUGUGUUUACAUUUAAAAACUGUGCAUUAACAUCCUGGUUCUGUUGAUAUGUGUCACUGGAAUUGCCUCACGCUUUUUCUGUCAAACUGUAGAAGUUUUCAUGAAUGGCUUCUAGUGAGUACUCUGCUAAAAUGUGCUGAUUGGACUCUGUGUUUGCUGAGCUGAACCAAGUGGUCCAGUCUCUGAUUUUAGGUUACAUUUCAUGAGGCACAGCAAAUUUAUGCAUGACCAUGAAUAAAAAUUCCUCAGGUUCUUCUGUGAGCAGCGUUGGUUGUGUGAUAUUUUCUAGAAGGUGAACAAUAAGGAAACUGGACUGAAGUUGGAAGCUCAUUGCAGUUACUUUUCAACCUGAAUUUAUCUGCAACUAUCUUCUCUUUAUGUGAAAUCAUCAUUCUCAAUUAGCAACAUGGUGUUAGCAGCAAUGGACAAUUUUGCAAGCUAACAAUAAAUCCCAGUGGGGAAUUUCCUGGAAACUUAAUGCCCAGGAAUUAAUGCUAAGGAAACUUAGGA